UAUACAGGGGACGAAGUCAGUGCAGUCUCGAGCCUCGCGUCGAUCGCAACGGAUUUCAUUAUUCUUUCGGCUCUCUCCAUGCUCGACUGCCUUUUUCCAGAGUAACGAACCGCCGGCAGGUGUGUGGUGCAGUGGCGAUAAUAAAACACGUGAAAAUAAUCCUCUUGGCCAGAGGAAUGUGGAAACGUUUCAUUCGAAAGAGAUCGAUCUAUUCCGCAAAAAUUAACAUCGUGGAAUCGACGAUAAAAUAAAAUAAUCAAAAUUCUUAAAGAUAUCCGUUCAACCAAAAAAUACCGGAAAGUAAAUUUGAGGAAAGAAUCUAAUAAUCUCUAUCUCGUGACAAAAAAUAUUCAAAUGACAGAAAUCGGUUGCGUCAAUCAAAUUAAUCUCACAAGAAGAACACGACGAUGAUUGUUUUAUCUUUACGACGAUGAUGAAUCUUAGAGACUUUAGAGUCUCGUAAAUGAUCGAGAAGAAUUAUCAUCGAAGUAUCAUCCACAUUUUGGGGAUGUCGAGCUGCCCGAGAUGGACUUUAUGGCCGGCAAGAACGCGUUUUCGACGCUAUCUGACGAGUAUCGCGUGCUACCGGAAGUGUUGAUGAUGAACGAGCCGGAUCCACGAGGUAGAUCGAACUGGUGAUUUCAAAACGAAUUCCGGUGCUUCUUGAAAAGUGAUAUUUUUGACUUUUUCAUUUAUCGUUUCUCUUUCUCGUUUACGCUUGACUCGUUCUUUCGUAAGAACAGUGAAAAAGAUUUAUUUUUGUCGAUAUCGUCGAAAAAAGAUCGGAUAUCUCGACAUCGUCUUGAUUAAUCGAACAAUUUUUCGGUGGAAGAUCGGUGAUCAGACAGCCAUGGACUGGCGGGGAGUCGCAUUGGCAUUUUUAUCGAUCACAAUAGCGAGGCACAGCACCACACGCGCGGCCCAAAUACCCCAGCAACCGCCUACGUCGACCGUUGGGAUAGCGAGCACUGUGCAGAUCGAGUGUGCGAGUGAGUCGAUAAUCGUGUACAUCUCGACCGAGGGAAAAACGGAUUUCCAUGGUCUGGUGUAUCCUAGGGGGUUGUCGAAGAACAGCUCUUGCCUGCAAGAGUAUAGAAGCCAACCCACCCCUAUAACUUACAACCUGCCGCUCAGGUCUUGCAACACCAUGCCCACGCAAUUGGACGACGGAGGCAUCGAGUACUUCAACACGAUAGUUGUCCAGCCGCACCUGAAGCUGGUCACGAAUCAGGGCAGGGGUUUCCACGUGAGAUGCCGAUACCAAACGAGGGACAAAGUGGUAACGAACGAUCAAACCCACGUGGCCAUGCUGCAAUCCCUACCGCUCCAGGCAACGGCUCCCAUGCCGGGAUGCACGAUGAAGAUCUUCAGCGGGGAUCCGACGAGGCAUCAAGUGGCGGAAAACGUGAAGAUCGGGGAUCCUUUGACCUUGGUCAUUAACAUCGACAAACAGGAAAUGUUCGGCCUCAAGAUAUCCGACUGCCUGGUGCGCGACGGGUUGGGAUGGGGCGAGCAGAGGCUCAUAAACGACCAAGGAUGCCCGGUCGACGGUGAAAUCAUGGGAGAAUUCACGUACAACGAGGAUAAAACGGAGGCAAAGGUCGAUUUCCAGGCGCACAAGUUCCCUUAUACAGCGAGCGUCUACUAUCAAUGCAACGUCAGAUUGUGCGUGAAACACGAUGGAGGAUGCAGCAACACGCCACCGGCGUGUAAUUCGAUAUCCAGACGACGGAGGGACACUGUCAACGACGAUACGGUGAAAGGUGUGGAGGGGCUGGACGGGGGGACGCCGGCUACCAUCGAGGUUUACAGCGGUUUGUACGUGAACGAAGCGUCGGACGUUGCUUCCAAGUCGGACUUCACCGACGACGUGUUCAGAGAAAGGACUAUCGACGAUCCGAACAGCUUCUGCAUAUCGCAAAGGAGUUUCGCGAUCGGCAUCGCGAUCGCGGGCCUGAUCCUCAUGCUGGCUGUGGUCGCGGCUAUUUUGGUUCUGCUCACCAAGAGACGGCACAAGACCAUAUCGACCACGGGCUCGUCCAUUUACAGCGGACCUUACACGAACACGGCGUACAGUCACAGCAGUUAAACUGCUCGAGCAAAAAAGAGCGUGGGAAGAGGAUAGCGAACAAUCGAUAGCGAAGAGGACCGCGCUAUUUCGGUAGCGAGGACACACGAAUGGUCUAUUAUUAUUAUUAUUAUUGAAGAAAAUUUCGUAUAAUUCUCUCAUCACGACCUCGGUGUGUUACAACGCGAGCGAUGUACGAAGAAUUAUUUAGGUGGAAUUUACAAGAGAUUUUUGCUCAAACUGCCUUUUGCUAAUUAUCGCUUCUUCGAGGAGAACGUAGGUCUGAAUACGUGAUUUCCAAUUCAAAGUAAAUUUCUUAUCUUUUUAUUCUAGAGAUCUUGCCAUCCUUCUUUUCAUUAUCGUUCAAUUUUUGAAUUUAUCGUGAAUUUUUUAGAAGCACGUGUUUGGACCUGAAAAAAAUGAGUUUUAGAGAAAAAAUCCAAGCCUAGCCCGAAAAAAAUUGAUACGAAGCGACACGAAUCCUUAGGGUUAAUUUUAUAAUAUAUAUACAUAUAUAUAUAUAUAUAUUAUUAUUAUAUUAUAUAUUAUAUACAUAUUGUAUACUAGUCCGGUAUACGCUGUCCUAGCUAACAUAGCAGCCGCACUAAAAAAACAGAAGGCGCACACGUACGCGAAAAUAUUCUCUCUGUCUUCGUUCGUUGCUCUUCUAAUUUAACUUUAAUCACCAGCGCAGAACGAAACUCGCUCUCCAGCGUUCGAAGUGAAGUCGACAGAGACAACACCUUUCAAACGAAUCAAACGGCCCGAUGAUUUUUACCGUCCUUCUUUUCCCUCUCCCAACUUCCGUUGGAAACAAGUAUCCGACAUAUUUCCCGUGUCGCGUCUACGACGAUAUCCUUUCCAACUAUUUAUAUAUAGUCACCGUCUUCCUUUCCUUUCUCUCUCUCUCUUUUUUCUUUUUUUCCUUAAACAAAUUUCAUAGACAAAGAAAUAAUCUCCGAAGCGCCGUGGAGCUUGGUCGAUUAAAUCGAGAAGUUUUUUUUUCAAAUCUGUGUUAUUCGAUGAAUCUUCGUUUUUUUCUUUUUAUACGUCGUUUAAAAAAAAUUUUAUUACAUAUGCGUAACGUCCUUCUGACAGGCGAGACUUCUGAUUAAUCGAUCAGAGACAAGUUUCCAAUGCGUUCGAGGCAAAUUUAUGUAUAGAUAUGCAUAUCGGUUAUUAUAAGUACGUCCGACUAUGUGCUUCGAUGUUACGCGAGAUCGAGUCCCGUUGCCGUGAGAACGAGAAGAAAUGUUGCAACAGUCGAUCAGAUUCGCACCAAAGAUUGUGAAAAGGUGUUUGAAAAGAAGCUAUUACGACGCAUCCUCGGCUACGGGACACUCGCGGCGAUAAACGAGUGUAUAAUCCAUUAUAACGCUUAAACCGUAAACUAGUUUCCAUUGAAUCGAGGUGCUGCUCCCUGAUAUCGGUACCUUUCCUGUCACAGGUUACUUUCGAUUUUCAGUUAAAAAUAUUUCUCGACCAACAACGUUAUUGUUCAAAAUUGGAAGUACCUGUUUUUAUCGUUCCUUCGAUUCCUUUGCGAUAAGAUAAAAUAAUAAUCUCAAAAACAAGAGCAGAUUUUUGUUAUUGAUGUAAUAAUUUUUUUUUUUUUGUAAAAGUAAGAAUCGAAAAACGAGGGUACCGAUGUUUCGUGUUUUGCGUGGAGCGUUCUUUUUCUUUGUUUAGUUUUAAUUUGUGAAGAAAAAAAAAACACUGACGUAACUGGGUCCAACGUGGUGGUGGGUACAGAUCGUAAAAAUUACAUUUAAAGAGAACAGAGGG